AUGUUGUUAAUAAGUAAUAACAUUGUAGAACAUUGGUUGGAGUUGAAAACACAUUUUUCACUAGUGGUAAAAAAAGAAAAGUGUUAUGUUGCUAGAGUUUUAAAUGAGAUGUUGAAUGAUGAUGUAAAUUACUUAUAUUUGUUAAUAAUUAAACCAAUUCUAUAUGAAGUCAAAAAGUUUUGUCGAUAUUGGAAGAUAUUGGAACACUGUGUUGUGCGGAGAUAUGAAUUUGAACAAUACUCCGUGCCAUAG